CGACUCCAUUGAAGUGUGUGUGUCCCCAUCCAUCCAUUCGCACCUCCGCGCUGACCUCCCUCCUCCUCCUCCCAGCCUCUGCCACCACCAUGGAACUCCGACUGCGCUCCAACCUCAUCUCCGCCUUCGCCCGCCCAUGUCUCCACCACCACCACCAGCGCCAGUCCCUGCUGGCCAGCACGAGGGCCUUCAGCGUCUCAGCCGCCCGCCACGACGGCCAAUCCCCCAGCGGUAGCCCCGAAGAGCAGCAGCAGCGCGCGCCCGCGCCGACCGGAGCGCCCACGCAGCCCAACGCCUCGCCGCGCUCGCACGAACUAACCAGCCUGCUCAACGACGCCCUGUCCUUCACCAAGACGGCCGGGCCGCGGACCUCGCGCUUCAAAGCCGCGACGGCGCAAGCCGACAACCGGACCCACACGCGGCUGGGCUUCUCGCAAGCACCCAACACCAACAACAACGCCAACAACCCGUUCGGCGGCGCCGCGGCGCGCACGCGCAGCUCCUCGGCCGAAGACGCCCUCAACCUGUUCGGCUCGCUAGACCGGGGCCCGCGGCCGGGGGGGCUCUACGAGCGCGUGGGCCAGCUCUCGCGCGCCCAGGGCAUCGCCGCCUCGCCCAAGGACCUGCUGACGCCGCCGGACCCGGAGCUGCUGCCGCGGCUGGGGCCCGCCGCCGGCCGCUCCAUCGAAAUCAGCAAGAAUCUCGACCUGGCGCGCGGCUUGCGCCUGCUUGAUCAGACUAUGAGCCGGAACCGCGUCCGUGGCCACUAUCUCAACCAGCAGUUCUAUGAGCGCCCGGGCUUGAAGCGCAAGCGUCUGGCUAGUAUGCGCUGGCGUAAUCGCUUCAUGAACGGCUUCAAGGCGACGGUCGAGCGUGUGCAGUAUCUUAGGCGGCAGGGCUGGUAGAUGGGGUGGGGUGUUGUGGUUGGAUUGGAAGGAGUGGAUGGAGCGGAGAGCACGCAGAGCAAAGAGGAAGAAAACCCGAAACUUGACAGCAGCGGCCACGAGAAGACAGAGGGCAGAGUGUGUGUGAAUGCGGUAUAGGCACGACGUACGCAUGUUUGCAUCCAGGGGGUUCUGUUCAGGCAUCAAGGGGGGGUCCCAAGUUGUCUAGUCUUUUGGCUCCGCGUCGAAAAUGUAUCAUCGUCUGUAAAUGAAGCCACGGUUCUCAC